GCCCAGUUUGUUGAGCUGUUUGUAAAAGGGAAUGCCCUGUAGGCACUGUAGGCUUUGCUUCAGUGUUCUCAGUAUAAGUGAGACUAGCAAGAGUCUGGGCCCCCCACUUGCGGGUGCCUUGGGCUGUUCAUUAACGUGUGAUGCGCUAUUGGCCUGUGCUCAAUGGGCCGGGGAUUUGUCGUCCUGUAGCCGAAACCCGUAACCGCCCCUGCUGACUGCUCUCUUGACCUUUCAGUCAUGUGCUAGAGGAAAACAAUCAAACCGCUGGCUUGUGGUCAUAACUUCUGCAUGGUCUUAAUUGCCAAUCCAGCUGGUAUCAGUGAAUUUAGUUCAUGUAUACUCCUGCAGGAUUAGUAAUCCUGGAUUACCAAUACUGUGCCAGUUUAUUUGCAAAAACACACCUAGUGACAUUUGAAGUACACCACCCCUCUCUGAUAACUAUGGCCAUAUUAAACGUCACUGCCAAAUUUGAAUUUAUACUGAGUAUGUAUUGUACAGGGUAGGCCUACUUGUUUUUUUCCCCCUGACUAUGUAAUCCAUUUAUACUCUAAUGUUGUUUUAUCUGUUCUCUCAACAGAGGCAACAGACAUCAGUAAUGAUCUUAAUCUAAUAGUCACAGGGCACAGCCCUUGAAUAUGGCAACUGAGGAAGGCAGAAUAGCAAAAUCACUGAGGGGAAAAAAAUAAGUUCUGGUAUUUUACCAUGAACACACACUACAACAGUAGCCUACCAUGACACCACUUUUCUGAUUAUUUAUCAUUCUGGGAAUUGUUUUGGUAGGCCUAUUAAGAAAACUGUAACCAUAUAGGCUAGACAGUGUAUCUGCUACUGAGGUUAAGUGCAUAUGCCGCUUCAAAGUGAAAGCAGUGUAAUAGCAUACAGAACGUGUUUCCUAUCCUUGUAAUCUCACGGGAACUUACUCGUGGCGUCUGCCCAUAAAACGAGUGGCGUGCCACACCAGAGUCCGACGCCUGGCCCCACCCCCGGUCCUGGUACAUGGAUGUUGCAGUCCAGCAUCCUCACCCCUUGUCCUCACAACGGAACUGACUCCGGCCGAAGAAGAAAGGGACACGCCGUCCUCCACCUAAGCGACGCUCUUUCAGUAAGGUAUAGUUAAAUAACGUUUUUAGAGAGUUUGUAUAUUGCAUACGAAGGAAACAAUGUUGCAUUAAACAGGAGUGCAUCUUUUUUUUGUGGACCUAAAGAUCUGUUACAUUAUUAAGACGCCAUGGCAAACAGAGGACCCACUUAUGGUCUAAGUCGAGAGGUGCAGGAGAAGAUUGAUCAGAAGUACGACCAGGAUCUCGAAUCCAAACUGGUGGACUGGAUCAUCGUCCAGUGUGGGUCGAAUGUGGACAGACCACAGCCAGGGAAGCAGAAUUUCCAAGUCUGGCUUAUGGAUGGAACUCUACUCUGCAGACUCAUCAACAGUCUGUAUCCUCGUGGUAAGGAGCCCAUUAAGAAGAUAGCAGAAACUCAAAUGGCCUUCAAGCAGAUGGAGAAGAUCUCUCAGUUUCUCCAGGCUGCAGAGGCAUACGGCGUGAUCACCACAGAUAUUUUCCAGACCGUGGACUUGUGGGAAGCAAAGGACAUGGCUGCUGUACAGAGAACGCUGAUGGCCCUGGGAAGCCUAGCCCUAACCAAGGAUGACGGACAUUACCGCGGUGACCGUGACUGGUUUCACAAGAAAGCCCAAAGCAACCGACGUGACUUCUCAGAUGAGCAGCUUCGACAGGGUCAGAACCUGAUCGGCCUCCAGAUGGGCAGCAACCGCGGUGCGUCCCAGUCCGGCAUGACCGGCUACGGUAUGCCACGGCAGAUCAUGUAAAAGUCCCCUAUUCCCCCAUACCUACCCGCAGGACCUUAACCUCACCAUAGUCACCACCCAGUGGAGGUGGAGAACUCCAGCUUCAGAACGUAGAAGUCCUGCCAUGUUUUGGUUUCUACAUGUGCACACAGGUGACUUCACAAUUCAGCUGAUCUACCUGGCUACCUGGAGUUGUGCUGAUUAGAAUCAGCUGAUUUAGUGAAUAGUUGAAGCUAAUUUGUGGUGGGACCUUUAUUUUUUGAAGCCAGAUGUUUCCACCUCUGCCACACAUGAUGCCGUGUAGUGUUGUUUAAGAGACUGUCUCCUUGCUCUACUCUGCAAAGAGAGAGAGACGUUUCUUUGGCAAGCAGGAGGCCUUCGGUUUACCAAAUGAGUAGAGUGGAAUUCUCCUCCUGGGAGUUCUUUGUACUGCCGCUUAUGCGUUGAAAAGUAUUGCAGCAUGCUUAUAAUAUUAAUAAGUUAUUUUUGUUAUGUUAUUUAAAGUUUGUGUAAUUUUUUGUCAUCAAGCAUUUUCGUGUUAAUUUAUGAGAAUCUAGAGAUGCAAGAGGUACUCCAAUGCUUCUUUUCAAAACUUGAAACCUAAACUUGAAAAGAUUGUAAUGCUGUUGCUGCCAAUUCUCUCACCAUGACAGCACUAAUUUUUUUAUUUAUUGUACUUUAUUUGUACUGUACUGUCUUCAUGUGUAUGUGCAUCAUGUUAGAGAGACUGAAAAUGCAUAUUUGUCUUUUGACUUUAAUUUCUCAAUUGUAUGUACAUUAUCAGAAUGCUUGUUUAUAUUUUGCUGCUUGUGAACGAAAGUGUUCAAUAAAAUAACAUUAUAUGCAAGAUGAA